CUAAGCCACCGCCACCAGCGGUCAAGCCGACGCCUCAGAUUGUGAAGCCAGCUCCUGAUCACCCAGCUCCGAAAAGGAGGUCGAAUUUUGCUGAUGAUGAGUCGUCGAGGAGAAUUCCUUCUGACGACCACUAUGGCAACCAUGGCAAGGGAGGGAAAGCAGUCGCUAGGCGGAAAUUGCAUGAGCACAGGACUUGGGUCGAUGAUGCACAAGAGCUCGAUCGGCGAACGCCCACACCUGGCGCAGGACGCACGGCAAAGAGCUUGGGCUUCAGCGUAAUGGCUGGAGCUUUCGGCUCCUUUGUGAACGCUGCGUCACAGAAGAUCUCAAUGGGUCUCAAAGCCUCUCCUUAUCGCAAGCGUAGCUUCGAUGAAGAUUUCGAGGACCUCUCUAGCCGAGGAUCGCCGGCUCUCUACGACAAAUUUACGAGGAAGCUGUUUGAUAAACUUACUUGGAAUGUUAUCCAUGGCUCCAUCAUUAAACAGGGUACCCGUAAAGCCAAGAUCAUGAUGGGCAAAGAUCCGGGUGGCGACAUCGUCGUCCACCGCUCCAUUGCGGACCACACUGAUGACGCGAUUGAUGUUCGAGCUGCUGCUUCCGGUCCUGGAGGAGCAAUUGCAGACGCAAUCUCAAAGUCCACGCUCAUAGAUGGGUUUAAGAAGACGCUCGAGCCACGUCAAUCAUCCGAGGAUCCACAGAUGCAAAGGCUCGUCACCGGGAUCCUUCGCGGCCCCAUGACCGGUCAAGGAACGCAAUACUUCAUGCAGAAGAUGGGCAAGGAUCCCUUCGGCUCCAACAAGAGAGAUCUCGCAUCAUCUGAAGAAGGCGAGGCCUCUGUCGAUCGCCGUGGAUCUGAUGCUCUGUUCCGCAAGUUCCAGAAGAAGCUCGAACGUCGAGAUCAGGUGGACAAACUCGUCUGGAACGGCAUCAGCGGCGCUCUCAACAAGCAAGGCACCAUGUGGGCCGAAAGGAAGAUGGGCAAAGACCAUACCGCGUUCGAGGGCUCACACCCGAACUACAACAAUCCUCGCGAUCUCGUCACCGCCAAUAACGAGGUCGAGGCUGCCGGCUAUGUCGCGCGCGCAGGCACUUACCCUGACGGAUCUUCUGAUCUCUUGAGCGGCAUCGAAGUACGCCAUGUCCCUGAUGUCACUAGUCGCAGUGAUGGCGGAGAUGUCGAUGCGCCUCAAGAGCGAGACGAAGGAGCCAACGAAACGCUGUCUGACCGAGCAUCCGACGAGUCUACUACUGUUGAACGUGACGACGACGAAGAAGAAGAAGACAAAUCUCUGUCGCGACGCAGCUUCGACGACCUAGAUGCCUCGGCGGCUGCGAUUGAAGAGCGACAAGAGCCCAUUCUUGAAGGUACUCAGGAACCCCUCGAAGCUCGCAUGCUCCGCAAUCCCUUCACCGGCCAGUACUACGGAUCCAGCUCUUUCGGCAGCGACAAGAGCAAGUCUUCUCCUCCGGCGUCGCCUCCCCGUCAGGGUUCUCCCGCUCGUGCAAAAUCGCCUGCCCGUAGCAAGUCUCCCGCUCGUGCAGCUUCUCCAGCCCGCGGCAGAUCCCCGACCCGUGCGAAAUCUCCUGCUCGUUAUGAGUCUCCGCCUCCUCCUAGCGCUGAGCGUCUGGAAGAACUGCGCUUUGCUAGAGCAGCUCGAGCAAACAGCGCUGCCCAAAAUGCAGCAUAUGGAAAGUCGGCAAAAUCCAAGCUAUCACGUCGAGAGGAGAGCGACAACGUUAUGGACUUCCUCGGCCGCUCAUUCAUCGAUGGCCAGUCAGAUCUUGAGAUGGACGCCGUCGACAAACGUCUGAGUACCGCUUUCGCUCUCAAGACAGCUUGGAAGCAUGGGAUGCCUAUGGCAAAGAAGUUUGUGGUCCCCGCAGCUAAGAAAUUCGGACCCAAGUAUGCUAAGAUGGCCAUGAAGCACGGCAAACCUCUUGCAGGCAAGUUUGCAAAGAACGUUGGCCCCAAGGCGAGCACGUACGGAGCUAAGUUUGCCGGAAAAUUCGGACCUAAGGCAAGCUUGUACGGAAGCAAAUUUGCCGCCAAGUUCGGGCCCGCAGCUCAAAAAUACGCAGGUCCUACGUUCACGAAGUAUGGAGGCAAGUUCGCUGAUAAAUUCGGACCCGCAGCCAAGAAGUACGCUGGGCCUACCUUCACAAAGUACGGAUCCAGGUUCGCAGAAAAGUUCGCUGUGCCCUGGGGCAAGAGCGUCGGCGCAAAGUUCAAGAUGCCGACAGUCUUCCGUCGUGAUCUGAGUGAAGAGUCCGGAAGUCAACUGACCGAUGGAGGUUACAUCGCUUCGCGAGCACCCAUUGAGCUGGAAGGAUCUCGUAUCUACGAGAGUCCCUCUCCAGCCUUGCUGAGCAGAGGCGAAGGAUUCGAGGCUAUCGAUGAGGAGGCGCUACGACAGCGAGGCACGAUGUCUUCGGGCGCCUGGUGGCUCGCCAAGAAGACGAUGCUCAACAACCCUGCAGGAAUGGGACUCAGAGGUGCAUGGUGGCUCGGAAAGAAAGUCGUUGGCAAAGGCUCCUCCAAAGCUGCAGUCAAAGGCCUGGAGAAGGGCGCAAAGAAGGGCACAAAGAGCUCUUCCUGGUUCUGGCGUCGACAGACUGCACCGCGUGCUGGCAGAGUGUCUGACGAUGAGAACGACGGCAAUGACGCUCCUCUACCUCCCCGUGGAGUUGAUGACAGUACGCACAACACUUACGCUCUGCUGGAACGCGACGUAGAGGACGCCAAGAGCCCCUACGUAUCGCCAGUGCCACGAGAUGCGUCCUUCGCCGACGCUUCCACUCAUUCCACAUUGAAGAAGCUCGUUGAGCGAUCCACAACCCCCGUUGAUGACGAGGAUGGCCAGGUCGCCACGCGAACUAUCAGGUUCAAAAGCGAAGGUGGCCACGCCCGACAGCCAAGACGGCGACCUGCUCUUCCUCCCGCCCCCAGGCAGAGGAUCGUAGACUGGUCUCGAAGAGAUGUCAUGGCCGCUGCACCUCAGCCCCAGGAUCAGUCGUACAUCUCGGUGCGACAGGCUGAGCCCCAUCCACAGCAUCAGGGGCAUCCAAUUUCGCCGGACUCGAAGCCUCAGCCGAAGCCCCAGCCAAAGCCAGACCCGAAGCCGCAGUCAAAGUCAGCCCCAAAGCCGCCGCCUCCUCCGCAGAGGACAGCUUGGCAACAGACGGUGCGAUAUGCCAAGGUCACCAAAGAUGCCUUGGUAGAUCUUGCAGGGUGUAACAUCAUGGGCUCGUUCAAUGUAUGGACGUACUGCAAGCCUAUCCCGGGCAAAAGACCAAUGUACGACGAGGCUGGAAUGUGGCCUGUCUGAGGUCGCCUGGAGAGUAAAGCCAUAGCUGAGUCUGGCUGAUUAAGCGCUCUUCAGUGCCGAGUUUCGCCGGGGAACGUUUGGGCACGCUGCAGUUCUCCCCAAUUCUCCUUCUGAUCUGACCUUCUCUUCUUACCUUUUCUUCUCAUAUCAUCCUACAGACUCAGCCUCUAGAUACGCCGAAUGCCCCAAGCGUCUCCUCUCUAUCUGCUACACUUCGAGCUGGCGCACUGAAGACGUUGAGUGGCGAAGUCGCGUCUCAGUCGACAAAGCUGCUGCAACAGGACGCA